AUGUUCGCAGUGUCCUUCAGUCUUUUCUCUGCCGUGUUUUCGGAUUUGGAUCUUUCGCUCACACUCCAUCAUCUCGAUGCCCUGGAACUCCCGAAUCACCUUCCCGUGAAUCAUUUCGGUCGGUUCGAUGCUUCCAACUUUUCGGACCAAGGGUAUUUGGGAAUCCACAGAACGCUAAACGCGACGGUGCCCUUGCUCCAAACCCCUGUAGAUAAUCCGCAUGCUACCCUUAUCACAUUCUUUCUCAACGCUGUUGAUGAGACCUUAACCGCCCAGGAUAAAGCGAAAGAGACGUUCGAGCUUCCUACCAAAAAGCACAUCUCCGGAUACCUGCCGUCCAAGGAGCAGUCAAUUAUCACUCAAUGUAAUAAAAUUGGCCAAUUGAUAACAGUGCAGGCCAUGAUCAAAGACUUUAGCCACAUCUUUGAACGUUAUAUAGUCAAGCACAGGAUGCGUGAGGCUGCCAAAUCGAUGGGGACAGUGAUGAAGCAAAGCCAUACCAUCGUCGAAAAGUGGCCAUUUAGAAUGAAGCUCCUGCCCGGCCAACCGACUUACAUGACGGUCCGAUCCUUCUGUGGCUCCCAAGGCCACGUCCGCUCCCUCCUCCUGUCCCCAUACCACGGGGAUCUUGAGCUGAAGGAUGAUCGCAGGGGUGUCUGGGGUAACCAUGAAGUAAUCGGACCUGUCGAGGCAUGGAGCGUCGUAUGA